CGACUGACAACAGGCCGGUUGCUCCAAGUAGAAACUGUGAAGUGGCCUACCCUGAGAUUGGAGUGAGACUCCAGCCUUAGGCUGGGGUUCUUUCCAUACAGAGGAGACGGAUUCAGAGGGGCUACAGACCAAGAUUGUUGAAAACCAGACAUAUGAUGAGCGUCUAGAGAUUAACGACUCUGAGGAGGCUGCAAGUAUUUAUACUCCAACCUCAAGACACGAAGGACUUUCUCAUUCUGCCCAUAUCCCUAACAAGACUAUGGCUGAUAACAGCAGUGAUGAGUAUGAAGAGGAAAAUAACAAGGCGCUUUGAAAACUCAGGUGAAGAAGAAUAUUUGAAGUAAUGCAGAAAGCUGUAGUGAUAUAGGCUGAUUUCAUAAAAAGCCUAACAGGUCCUAAGUGAGGGCAUGCCACAGGCUCCAGGCCACAGAGGCAAAGACAUGGACCCCGUCCCAACUGCCCCUGCAAACCCCAAGCAUCACCAGACCUCUUCUCAUGGACUUGAGAGGGUGGGUUGGUACCUAGAGAACCAGAAGCUCAGAAAGGAGAAGAAGAAGACCUCGAAGCUGACACCUCAGCGGGGCUUUAGUGAAAAUGACGAUGAUGAUGAUGACUCAUCUGAAACUGAUUCUGAUGAAGAUGAUGAUGAUGAAGAGCACGGGGCCCCUCUGGAAGGGGCCUAUGAUCCUGCAGAUUAUGAGCAUUUGCCAGUUUCUGCCGAGAUUAAGGAACUCUUCCAAUAUAUCAGUAGGUACACACCUCAGUUGAUUGACCUGGACCACAAACUGAAACCUUUCAUUCCUGAUUUUAUCCCAGCUGUUGGGGAUAUUGAUGCAUUCUUAAAGGUCCCACGUCCUGACGGAAAGCCUGACAACCUUGGCCUGUUGGUGUUGGACGAGCCUUCUACAAAACAGUCGGACCCUACAGUGCUCUCCCUCUGGUUAACAGAGAAUUCCAAACAGCACAACCUCACUCAACAUAUGAAAGUAAAGAGCCUGGAAGAUGCAGAAAAGAAUCCCAAAGCCAUUGACACAUGGAUUGAGAGCAUCUCUGAGUUACAUCGUUCUAAGCCCCCUGCAACUGUGCACUAUACCAGGCCCAUGCCUGAUAUUGACACGCUGAUGCAGGAAUGGUCCCCAGAGUUUGAAGAACUUUUGGGCAAGGUGAGCCUGCCCACGGCAGAGAUUGACUGCAGUCUGGCAGAGUACAUUGACAUGAUCUGUGCCAUCCUAGACAUCCCCAUCUACAAGAGCCGGAUUCAGUCCCUCCACCUACUCUUCUCCCUCUACUCGGAAUUCAAGAACUCACAGCAUUUUAAAGCUCUCGCUGAAGGCAAGAAAGCGUUCACUCCUCCAUCCAACGCCACCUCCCAAGCUGGAGACGCAGAGACAUUAGCCUUCAGCUGAGACACCUCCCAGGUCCUUCUGUUUCAAGGAUGAGCUGGCUCCUCUACCCCAGCUAAGGAGAGGUUGUUGUCAGCCACCUGGUGUCCUCGCCAGUGUCACAGCUUGUCUCGGACAGUCCUACCGCGCUGUCAGGAAGCACCCCACAUGUUCGCUAAAUGGCUUCUGCCUCAGAUUUUCUUCCCAGGGGGAUUACGCAUCUCCACUGCUAUGGGGUUUUGAGUUAGAAGAAUUGGAAUUUCCAGGAUCCCAGGAUGCUCGAGUUGGGAGGAAAGCUUAAAGGAUGUUCUUUUUGAGAUAGUGACGGAAUUAUUUUCUUUCAUUCUUAAAGUUAGUUGGCAAAGAUUUUACAAAUAAAAUGCUCUAUCUUUCAGGUUA